CUGCUCACGGGGGUCUCUUUGGCAGAUGCCUCAGCUGAGCACCCGGGACCUCAGCGGGCGCGAAGAGCUGCACUUGGCUCAUCUGGUGCUCAGCUUCCUCACCAUGGGCUACCUCUGGCAGGAGGGCGAGGAGGGGACCGUUAAGGUUCUGCCCCGAAACCUCGCCAUCCCCUUCUGGGAGGUCUCGCAGAGCCUUGGCCUCCCCCCUAUCCUCAGCCACGCCGACUUCGUGCUGGCCAACUGGAAGAGGAAGACUCCAAGCGGGCCUCUGGAAAUUGAAGAGUAAACCAGUCUCAGCCCUGUCAUGGCUCUCCCUCCUCUUCUCUUGCAGGCAAUCGUUCGAGCCAUCAACGCUCUCCUGCAGCUUGAUGAAGAGACCCUGCAUAAGGCCCUGCAGGAGCUGGCGGAGGCCAUCGGGGACAUGAGCAAGGCUCUGAGGCGGAUGCACGAUUACGUGGAUCCAGCAGUAUUCUACUCUGUGAUCCGGAUCUUCCUCUCCGGCUGGAAGGACAACCCGGCCAUGCCGGACGGGCUGGUCUACGAGGGGGUGUCUGCCGAGCCCAUGGCAUACUCCGGAGGGAGCGCGGCCCAGAGCACCGUGCUCCACGCCUUCGACGAGCUCCUGGGCAUUCGCCACAGCGAGGAGAGCACCGCGUUCCUGCACAGGAUGAGGGACUACAUGCCCCCUCCCCACCGCGCCUUUGUAGAAGAAAUCCAGCGCGCCCCGUCCCUGAAGCAGCACGUCCUCUCCUCCAGGAACGGGCAGCUCUGCACUGCCUUCAACCGGUGCGUCUCUGCCCUGGCAGACUUCAGGACCCACCACAUCACCAUCGUCACUAAGUACAUCACCACCGCGGCCGCCAAGGCCAAGGCCAGGAGUGGGGAGCCCACCGACAAGGCUGGCCCCCUGCCAGGGAAGCCACCUUCCUUGCUGGAAGCCAAAGGGACUGGCGGCUCGCACAUCUUCAGGUUCCUCAAGAGCGUCAGGGACACGACAAGGGAAGGGAUGAUAAGCGUCUGAUUCGCCCUAACCGUCUGUAAGGCAUUGCUGAAAGCAGGUCUAGGAGACCAACUGACUUAAUUUGGUGUCCGUAGAGCACAAGCCAAAAUCUGACAGCAGCGACCUGCACUGAAAGCUUCCUCUUCAAUAGCCCAAUCCCACUUGUGCCGGUCCAGGACACCGGGACCAAGCCGCCUCGCUCUUCAUCAGAGGGAAAUCGUUUGCUCCUCAGCACC